AUGUCUGAACCGCUGCCCCUGCACUGGCUGUCGGGCUGGGCCCCGGCGCAACGAGAGCAGUUCCUCCGCGACCUGGUGGACAAGGCUGUGCCUUGGAAGGUGCUCCCCCUGCUGGAAGGGCUGGCGGGGCUCAGCGUGGGACCCGGGAAGCCCCCCUCCAUCUUUGAGUGCCAGAUGAGGCUGUGGGACCAGUGGUUCCACAGCUGGUCAGAGGCCGAGCAGAACGAAUUCGUCGGGCAGCUGGAGGAGGCCGUGCCGGAUCUGGCCUCCCGGUUUUACCAAGAGGUGGCGGCGACCGCUGGGAAGGCGUAACAGGGGCUGAGUAGCGCCUCCCCCUACUCAAAAACAUUAUGCAGUGACUACUUUUACAUUCCUCAUGGUUGUUCCAGGUCCUCCCCCUCC